CGUUCCACCGCCCGAAGACAGCGUCAAACAAGCCAACGCGAUGCAGGUGUUUCUACUCGUCUCCAUAUGCCUCGGCAUGGCCUAUGGGCAGUCCAUCAUGACCGUCCGCACCACCCACACAGAAGUAGAGGUCCAUGCCGGCGGUACCGUGGAGCUCCCCUGUGCGUACCAGCUGGCGAACGACACCCAGCCUCCCGUCAUCUCAUGGCUCAAGGGGGCAUCACCGGACAGGAGCACCAAGGUCUUCAAGGGGAACUACAACUGGCAGGGAGAAGGGCUGGGGUUCGUGGAGAGCGACAGCUACAAGGAGAGUUUCGGGGACUUCCUCGGUCGGGCCUCGGUGGCAAACCUGGCCGCGCCCACUCUGCGGCUUACUCACGUUCACCCACAGGACGGUGGGCGGUACUGGUGUCAGGUGGCGCAGUGGAGUAUCCGGACAGAGUUCGGGCUGGACGCCAAGUCCGUGGUGCUGAAGGUGACAGGCCACACCCCAUCCAAUAAUGUCCACGUCUCCACGGCGGAAGUUGUCCAGGUUGACGAGGGCAAUGACAUUACCAUGACGUGCCCCUGCACCGACUGCGCAAACGCCAACGUCACGUGGUACACCGGGCCAACCUUCUUCGAGAACUACGAGACCGGCACCUACCAACCACUGGCUAACAAGAACCAGUUCGGCAUCACCUGGUUCUCGUCUGAGAUCGCGGGCCGGGCGAGCUUCAGCGGCGCGCGCAACCUGGUUCUUCGGGCCGCCAAGAUCACAGACGCCGGCCGCGUCUGGUGCGAGCUCGCGACUGGACAGGGAGAGCUAGACGCGGACAGGUCCUCAACCAUCCUCAAGGUCCAACUGGAACCGUUCACCUGUGACGGUAAGCCGACUGGCCUGUACGCCGACCCCACCGCCUGUGACUACUACUACCAGUGCAUCCCUGGCUAUCCUCCCCUACACCGCCCCUGCGGGUAUGCCGGCAUGGUAUUCAACGAGGAGAUGCAGUACUGCGACUGGGACAUCAACGUGCCGCCACCUUGCGGAAGCAAGCCGGUGUGAUCGCACAGGGACGUCACCUAGCGGCAACAAAGGGAAAAGCAGCCUCCAGAUGUGCACUCAAGAGCGAAAAAUCAGUGACGUAGCUAUAACACAGGCUUCGUGCGACAAUAAAGAUUGGCAAAAGC